AUGAUGGCGCUCAACUUUCUCAAAAACCUGCUGCCCUUGGACGACAGGGUCUUCAAACUUCCGCCAUGUGACGCGAUCGAGAUCGACACAGCGCAUGAAAAGGCUGCCCGAGCCCUAAGGCAUCUCCUCAAACUCAACCACGCCAACCAUGCCAUCCUCUGGAACGAGCGCAAAUUCCAUAACCACACGCCCCAUUCAUUGUGCUCGUUCUUUCUAUUCGGUGCCGAUGCCAACGAUUUGAAUCGUUUGUAUGAGGCGGAGUCAAAGCCGUUGGACGCCUGGAGCGAUUCGCCCGGGGAGAUUAGCACGUACGAUUGGAGGGAUUACCUGGGGAAGAGAGAGUACCAGAGAGCGUACGUUGAUUUCUUCGAGGAUGAGCUCGUUCGCCACGGCUACGACUGGAAAAAGGUCGUCUCCCACUACCUGUUCUCUGGGAAAGAACCUCUUUUCAACUCCUUGACCUCUGAUCUCGGACACCCUCUCAUCCACCUCGCCUACGCCUUCGAAUUCUCCAGCCGCGAAGUCGCAAUGGAAGCCCUAUCACUCACGACAGUAUGCCACGGCACAACCCACAAAUACCUCGACGACCCCUCCUAUUCGCAAGCCGAGGCCUCCUACUACUCCACCUCGCCUUUUGAAAUCCUCCAGAAAGUUCGCGCUGACAAGCGCCUAACCAACCUAUUCUCAGCCCCCGGCGACCACAACACAGAGAUCGUCUUUCGCGACGCUGAAGCAACAAUCCUCGACCACUGGAACGCAUGGAGAAUCACACCUGAGAGCGACCCCAUGAAGUCAUUCCGAGAAAGCCAGGAGCUUGCUGUUGCAUUAUUAACAGCAACACUGAGCUCCGAUGUCCCCGACGCAAAGUACGACUUCUUCUUCGUCCACGUCCUUACCACUAGCCAUGCUGUGCGAGUCUUACUCCCGUUGAUUCCCGCCAGAUUCCAGAUCCCUCUCGUGCGGCAGUGGUGGCUCAUGACCCUGGCUGUAUACAUUGGGCAGCUGAGGCCGGAGAUAAACCUCGAUUCUGUGCGGAAGUAUGAUACCCAAGGAAAGAACUGGGGUUAUAUUAAAGAUAAGGCUCUCCACGGUGCGCAUUCCACCGAGACGCAUUAUAUCAAGGCUCUCCGAGCCUGCAGGGAUACAGCAAGGACGUGGGGAGAUCCGGAUGAGUUCUAUCUGAAGGCUGCGGUCAAGUUCGCGGAUGAAUUUACGGAAUGGGAUGGGUUUGUUUGA